GUUUCUCAUUCCAUUUUUCAUACGUAACAGAACAGUUUAUUGCUUAUCCCUCCGUUUUCUCCAAAAUUCUCGGAUACAGAUCUGAGCGCUUUUCUUCGCCGGCGGCAUGAGGAAUUUCAACUUCUUCGAGAGAGCUUCGAGAGCUUACAAUGAACAUCCAACUCUCUUCAAACUCCUCGCCAUCUCCACAAUCGGAGUCAGUGGCGGGGGUAUUGUAUACGCUGAGGUAAAUACACCAAGCGGGGCAAAUGCUGUUGAACCUACCAAGAAGAAGAAGGUGGUUGUGCUUGGAACUGGUUGGGCAGGGAUGAGUUUCCUAAAGAGUCUGAAUAACCCCUCAUACGAGGUUGAAGUGGUGUCACCUCGUAAUUACUUUGCGUUCACUCCUUUGCUGCCAAGUGUUACAUGUGGUACAGUGGAAGGUCGCAGCAUUGUCGAGCCAAUUCGCAACAUUAUCAACAAGAAAAAAUUUGAUGCUCGUUACUGGGAGGCUGAAUGUUACAAGAUAGAUCAAGUGAAUAAGAAAGUCUACUGUCGUACUGCUGCUGACUUGAAUGGGAAGAGUGAAUUUUCUGUAGAUUAUGACUACCUUGUCAUAGCCAUGGGAGCCCGUGUUAACACAUUCAAUACUCCUGGUGUGGAGGAAAAUUGCCAUUUCUUGAAGGAAGUUGAAGAGGCUCAGGAUAUUCGUAGAAAUCUUAUUGAUUCCUUUGAGAAGGCAAGCCUUCCAAGUCUAAGUGAUGAGGACAGAAAGAGAAUGCUUCAUUUUGUGGUUGUUGGUGGUGGUCCAACCGGUGUUGAGUUUGCUGCACAACUUCACGAUUUUGUCAACGAGGAUUUAGCAAAACUAUAUCCUGCAGUCAAGGACCAUAUAAAGAUAACACUUCUGGAGGCAACAGACCAUAUUUUGAACAUGUUUGACAAAAGAAUUACAGCUUUUGCUGAAGAGAAGUUCAACAGAGAGGGUAUUGAUGUGAAAUUAGGCUCAAUGGUCACGAAGGUAACUGAUAAAGAUAUUUCUACAAAGGAAAGGGGUAGUGGUGAAAUCUCUUCCAUUCCAUAUGGAAUGUGUCUCUGGUCAACUGGUAUUGGCCCUCGUCCUGUCAUAAAGGAAUUCAUGCAGCAAAUUGGUCAGGGAAAUAGGCGGGCUUUAGCAACUGAUGAAUGGCUUCGAGUUGAAGGAUGUGAUAACAUCUAUGCACUUGGUGAUUGUGCAACAAUUAACCAGCGGAAAGUCAUGGAAGAUAUCUCUGUUAUUUUUAGCAAGGCAGACAAGGACAAGUCUGGAACACUCACAGUCAAAGAAUUCGAAGAAGUCAUUGCUGAUAUUUGUGAAAGAUAUCCUCAAGUCGAGCUUUAUCUGAAGAACAAGCAGAUGCUUAGCAUUGUUGACCUGGUGAAGGAGGCUAAAGGGAAUCCUGCUAAAGAAGAAACAAUUGAAGUGAACAUUGAAGAAUUUAAAUUGGCUCUCUCUCAAGUUGAUUCCCAGAUGAAGAAUCUCCCCGCAACAGCACAGGUUGCCAACCAGCAAGGUGCCUACCUUGCUAAAUGUUUUAACCGCAUGGAAGAAUGUGAAAAGAAUCCUGAAGGCCCUCUUAGAUUCAGAGGAGAGGGUCGUCAUCGCUUCCGUCCAUUUAGGUAUAGGCAUUUGGGACAAUUUGCUCCAUUGGGAGGGGAAGAAACAGCUGCACAACUCCCUUGGGAUUUUGUUUCUAUUGGUCACAGUUCCCAGUGGCUCUGGUACUCUGUCUAUGCAAGCAAGCAAGUAAGCUGGCGCACAAGGGCAUUGGUGGUAUCAGACUGGUUUAGGCGUUUCAUUUUCGGUAGGGAUACUAGUCGCAUCUAAAGCAGGCAGCCAUGGGUCUACCAACUUGCUACUUUUUUCGGAGUUAACAAGAAAAUUUCCACUUUGCCUAAUCUCGUUCAUUGAAUAAUGAGCAUGGGAGUCUCUUGGCAGUAAUUCCACUUCACUUGCCAGAACCUAAUCGCAUCAAUUAAUUUGAUUCUUUUUAGUUAAAAAGAAAUUACUACAUAAAGAUUUUUGUGCUGGUAUUCCAGAGAAUAUUGGGAGAUUGGUCCAUAAAAAAUUUUGUUGCUGAAAUUUUACUCGGGAACGGGAACAAAAGUUCAUGGUCACAGUUCUUUCAAGAAUGCAGUGCUGCAGACCUUUUUCUAUGCUUUUCAAGUUUUAACCUUGCGCAUGUGAUGGAAGAAUAUGAUGAUUGAUCCCAGCAUAAUGCUUUGCAUUUUAUACUCUUGUGGAUACCGUUCAUCGAAUGUAACAUAAACAAUUCUGGAGACAGCCCAAAAUCACUCAAUUGGGCUCUACCGGUAGGACUGGUCCGACUGGACAGCUCAAGGUGGGCCACAUUCUUAUUUUUAAGCUCUACCCUAUGGCAUAAUCAUUGGCACAUACAUUUUACUGAGAGUUUUAUAUUUUUAGUACAUUGUACUAUUGUAGUACACAAUAAUGCAAGAUAAGGAUG